AUGUACGCUGGUCGCCGUCCGGAUAAGGUGGACCCGCGUGACACACGCGUGGCGAGCUGGACGCACUGCCAUCUGUCAGGCGAGCCGCUGACUCCUCCUUGUGUGGUGGACCUUCUGGGAAACGUAUUCAACAAGGAAGCUGUGGUGCGCGCCUUAGUGGAGAAGAGCAUUCCCGUUGCGCUGAAGCACAUCAAGGGGUUGAGGGAUGUCGUUGGGAUUCAGCUGACGGAAAUUCCAGGGCUUGACAAGAAGGCUCAUGUCAGGUUCCAUUGUCCGAUCACUCAGCAGGAGUUCAGUGGCAGCUUCAAGUUUGUCGCCCUUCGCCCCUGUGGACAUGUGCUUAGUGCUCGUGCACUCAAGGAACUGCCCUCCUCAACGUGUCUCGUCUGUCAUGCCAAGUUUCUGGAAUCGGAUCAGAUUCCAAUUAACGGUACUGAGGAGGAAGUGGAUGUUUUGCGCACUCGGAUGGAAGAAGAACAAGCUUCCAGGCGUGCUGGGAAGAAGAAAAAAGGUGCUCCUCCUGCCUCUCAGGUUGAUGUGGUUGCUACAGGGAACGAUCUGAAGGGAGCUGCAGUGGGGGCUGUUGAUGGGAUGGCAGUGGUGGAUGUCAGAGCAAGAAGCUUGGAAAAGAAAAGCAUCGCAGCAGGGGUGGCAGCAGCUGGUAGUCUGAGCCUUGAAGACAAAGCAAUUGAUGCAGGGGGUUUGGCUGAUAAGCGAGGAGUCAAAAGGAAAGCAGCAGAAGGACCUCUGGCAAGAAUGAAGAACACACCAGAAGGCGCUGGCAACAAAGCAAGACCGAAAGGGUCGGAUUUGGUCCAGGUCAAGCAGCAUUUCAAAGCAGUGGACAGGCUACCAGCUGGUGCAAGUAAAGAUGUCUACGCAUCAAUCUUCACUUCGUCGCGAAAAGAAGAUCUGAAGGAGACUUACUCAUGCAGGUCUUUGCCCCUUGGGAGGAACUGA